AUGAUAUCCGACAUUAAGAGGAUGGUGUACAAUAAUUCUUUAUUGACGGGCAGUAUAUCGUCAGAGCUAGAUGAUGACGAUGUAUUCCCCAGUUUAAACGAGUUCGAUUUACCGUUGAAAGCAAAGGUGUUACGAAGCAGGAACUUUUCUGAACUUAGUGGUGAUCAAGGUGAGAUAAGUAAGAAAGUUAGAUUUGAAAAUACUGAUGAUAGUAGUGGGACCACAGAUAGUUAUCUAUCGGAUGAUAUCUAUUCGGAAAGUGAUCAUUCUAAAAUAGGCCCCAUAAAGGCAUCUAUUGAAGAGCUCCUUCGAAAUGCUGACGAAUACAACCAACUUACGGAAGAGAGUUUGUCAGGUAAAGCCUUGUCACGCAUACUGAGUAAUGUACCACCGGGUACAGCUACAUUUUCCGAAACCCUUUCGAAUUUUGAUUUGUCUGAUAACGAAUUAGAUGGGAACUAUAGAUUAGAUCCUGUUUCAAGUUACAAUACUGAGAAUAGUCUGGAUAAUAUCCUACUAGAUGAUGCAUUGUCUGGAACUGAAAAUGGGCCAUAUCAUAGUAGUGACACUACGAGCAAUUCACGGCGUUCCACACCAUUGAGUAAUGGGACAAUCAAUAACUCGCCCUCCGAGAUCAAUAAACCUUUCGAAAUUGAUCAAGAACUCUCUAAAUUUCAUGCAUUAAACAUUAAGUCACAACCUACAUUUGGGAGCCAAGAUAUGGACCAUUUGUUGUAUAAUAAGGACAAAAUAUCCUUGGAACAAGGUUAUUUACUGGUAGAAGACGCUAUAAUCACCUUUGAAGAAACAAUUUCCCUUCUAUUGACAUUGUCAAGGGAAAAUACCAACGGUAUAUUAUCUCCUCAAGCAUACAAACCUGAUCUUACUUUUGACACAUUUAUUAUGAAAAAUACACCUUCAUUAUCAUAUUUCGAUUUCAUUCAAAGAAUCCAAAAUAAAUGCAUGUUCGGAUCUGUAGUUUACCAGUCAGCUACAUGGCUUCUACAGCUUCUUUUCUUACAAAGAGAGAGUAUCGACGAACCAUUAAAAUUAAAGCAUCAACUACAAGAAAAUGAAAUUCACAGAAUUAUAAUCGCCACUAUCAGAAUAGCAACAAAAUUGAUUGAAGACCACAUCCAUUCUCACCAAUAUUUUUGUAAAGUUUGUGGAAUCUCUAAAAGACUCCUAAGUAAAUUAGAGGUUACUCUAUUACUUUGUUUGAAAGAUGAGGCAUUAAUGAUAACGAGCGAAAAGUUGGCUGCCUCGGUACAAAUCUUAAAUGAAUUGAAAUCAUACCUUUAA